GCUGAUCAGAGCCUUUAUAUCUACAACCAGCAGCAGUUGUUCAUUAAUUAGCCACACAUGGUCGAACUUUAGGGUUCUGUGAGUCCAGUUGUUAUUUUUCUGCCCACGUAAGGCAUUAGUCUCUUACCAUGGGGGAUUGGAACUUAUUGGGUGGCAUUCUAGAGGAAGUUCACUCCCACUCAACCAUAGUGGGGAAAAUCUGGCUGACCAUCCUCUUUAUUUUCCGAAUGCUGGUACUUGGUGUGGCUGCUGAAGAUGUCUGGGAGGAUGAACAGUCAGCAUUUGCCUGCAACACCCAGCAGCCAGGUUGCAACAAUAUCUGUUAUGAUGAUGCUUUCCCCAUCUCUUUGAUCAGAUUCUGGGUUUUACAGAUCAUCUUUGUGUCUUCUCCCUCUCUGGUGUAUAUGGGCCAUGCCCUUUAUAGACUCAGGGCCUUUGAAAAGGAGAGGCAGAGGAAAACGUCACACCUGAGGAACCACAUGGAGAGUCCAGGGCUUGAAUUGGAGGAGCAACAAAAGAUAGAUAGAGAACUGAGGAAGUUAGAGGAGCAGAAGAGAAUCCACAAAGUCCCUCUGAAAGGAUGUCUACUGCGUACUUAUGUCUUACACAUCUUGACCAGAUCUGUGCUGGAAGUAGGGUUUAUGAUAGGCCAGUAUAUUCUCUAUGGGUUUCAAAUGCACUCCCUCUACAAAUGCACUCAACCUCCAUGCCCCAAUGCAGUGGAUUGCUUUGUAUCCAGGCCCACAGAGAAGACCAUUUUCAUGCUCUUUAUGCACAGCAUUGCAGCCAUCUCUUUGUUCCUUAAUGUACUAGAAAUAUUCCAUCUGGGAAUCCGGAAAAUCAUGAGGGCACUUUAUGAGAAGCCUGACAAUGAGGGUAUUGAGGAUGACAGAGGCCCUCUGUUUCAUUUGAGAAAAUAUUCAGUGCCUCAGAAGUGUAUGAUUUGCUCCUCCUUGGCUGAAAGAAUCUCUCUACUUGAAGCCAACCAUCAGCAACAAGUCAUCCAAGUCAAUGUGCCGAAGUCUAAAACCUUGUGGCAAAUCCCACAGCCCAAGCAUCUUGAGGCAGACCCUUGCGGUAGUAAAAAUGACUGGGCUGAGAAGGAUCAGCACAGAGGACAGCUCCAUGUCCACAGCCCGUGUCCCUGGGAUGACUGUGUUCGGUUUCAGCACCCGGGACAGCGACCGUGCCAUUCCUCCUAUGGCAUACAGACUACGACGUCCCAAUCCUGGCUAGGUACAGCGACGGCUCCUAGGCAAUGUCCCUCCUAUGCAACAGGAGCCUGGGCCCAGUCCCAGGACUCGCAGCCCUCGGGGGAGCCUCUCACAGAUUUGCACAGUCACUGCAGAGACAGCGAUGGCAGCGUGAGAGAGAGUGGGGUCUGGACAGACAGAUCUCGCUCCGGCUGUCGCAAGGCCAGCUUUCUGUCCAGGUUGCUGUCUGAAAAGGGACAGCUGCACAGUGACGCAAGUAGCUCCAGUUCUCAGAACAGCUCUUACUUGGAUUUUCCACACAAGAAAACAGCCCCUCGCUUCUGCCUUCAGUCACUGGGCACAGAGCAUCAAUGGUAA